GACAAGGACUUGAUACAUAGUGGAGGAAAUUUACCAUAUCUGGCGUAUGACCGGUCAGAAGAGGUCAAAUUAUUAUUGAAUUUUUACCUUCUUGUUUAAAUCUGACCGAAUGCAUGCAUGCAUUUUUGCGCUCAAAGAUACAAUGGAGCCUAAUCUAGAAUUUUGAUUUUUCAAAUCAAACUCCUCUACGCCUAUGUAGGCUUGUGGUGUAACUUUCUCUACCUCUGAUAACCUUUCACCAUGUGUAUUUGGAGGAAUCUUUAAAAUAUUCUUAUAACCACGCAGUCCUUCUUUCCCUGCAUACGACUCACCUAAUCCAACUAGUACAAGAAAUUCUCGUUUUCAAAUUCAAUACCAUUGAUGAUCAUAUGGGGGUCUUUCUUUGUAUUUUCCUAUCUUGAUGUCAAGUCGAGUAGCAAACCGGAAACCAAUACGCGUCUUAGAUGGCGUUGGCGGAUUCAUCUUGACCGGGCUUGCGUUGCUCUUUCUCCUCUCAACGGAAAACAAGUGUCCCUCUUUACUUUCCAUAAUAUAUAGCAAACUCACCACCCAAGACACUAACUAUACAUCUCCAAAUCAUCAUUCAGAAGAAGAAGAAGAAACCAUAAUAUAUAGCAAACUCACCACCCAAGACAAUAACUAUACAUCUCCAAAUCAUCAUUCAAAAGAAGAAGAAGAAGAAGAAAUCAGGGGAACAUAUCUAACCUUCAGUGUCCAGCAGCUCAGCAGAAUCAAUAGUUACGAAGCUAUUAUGUAUCUUGAGCCAAUUUUACUCGUCACUUUGUCUUUACACAUCCUACUUGGCGUCAGUCACCAUCGCUUUAUAGCUUCUGUUCAGGGUUAUAGUACUCCAGGCCCAGCGGCUCCAUAUUACGUAGGUGAUGAUAUUGCUAUUAACUGUGGUUCUGUUGGCAACUCAGCCGCACUUGAUGGCCGUGAAUGGAUUGGAGAAGCAGCCUCACAAUUCCUGUCCGGCAAGUCAAGAACCUCAACUGCACUCGAUAAAUCAUUCUAUGCUGACCCAAUUCCAUACAUGAUUUCAAGAAUCUCUGCAACUCCCUUCCACUACACAUUUCAAGUCAGUCCAGGUCAGAAGAUCAUCCGCCUGCAUUUUUAUCCCGCUUCCUAUCGUGGGUUUGAAAAUUCUUUUGACUUGUUUAGCGUCAAAGCUGGUCUUUUCACCCUCCUUGAGGACUUCAGUCCUUCACUUACUGCUGAUGGUUCUGGUGAAAAAUAUAUUAUUGUCAAGGAAUUUUGUUUGAAUGUUGAAGAGAACAAAAAAUUGAGUAUAUCGUUUUCACCCUCUUUGAUUACCGUGUCAAAAGAUAACCCAUAUGCUUUUGUAAAUGGAAUUGAGAUCAUUUCCAUGCCAGCUGGUCUUUAUUACACUCCUGAUGGUGAUUCAGGUGCUCCUAUUGUUGGUCAGAAAAACCGAUUUUAUAGUGUUGAUAAUAGCACUGCGCUUGAAAUGAUAAAAAGGUUGAACAUCGGAGGGAGCUUCAUCUCAUCAGUAGAAGAUUUUGGAAUGUUUCGUAGAUGGGAUGAGGACAGUAACUUCUUGCUAGAAUCCAGAGUUUAUCGCAUGAACCAUCCGGUGCUUAGUAUUAAGCACCCAAACAUGCCACCAUUCACUGCGCCACUGAAACUUUACCAGACAUCCUGGAAAGCAGGAGGAAAGUUGAAAGUAGACCAGACGUACAACUUUACAUGGAAGUUACCCAUAUAUAUGGGCUUUGGAUAUUUAGUCAGGUUUCAUUUCUGUGUGCUUGAUGCUGGGAUGGCAGAUAAAGAUAAAUCCGAGUUCACUAUCCUCAUCAAUGAUCAGAUGGCAGAAACUCAAGCUGAUGUGAUCAAAUGGAGCGGUGGCACAGGUACUCCAGUAUACAGGGACUAUGUGGUGAUAAUGAAAGGAGACAAAGAAGGCAGCAAGUGUGAUCUCUUGAUUUCCCUACAGUCACCUGAUGAGUUAGUCCUUGGACUCCUUAAUGGAGUAGAGGUGUUCAAGUUGAGCAACCUUAAGAACAGUCUUGCAACUCCAAAUCCUGCAAUUCCAAAAAGAGUUUCUGCUGCUUCAAGCCUAAAGAUUCAUAGCAUGUUCUUAGCUUUCGGCCGAAGCAAUAAUGUUGUGACCAGUCUGACAAUUGUAAUCAUUUUAGUCAAUGCAAUAGUCUAUAGGUUCCGGCAAAUUUGGGAAGAGAAGUUCCAUCUUGAUAGGAGAAGAAAAGAUAGAGAAGCAGCCACAACUGAGCCAUCUUUUACUCGCUUCUCACUUGCAGAAAUCAUGUCAGCAACCCAAAACUUUAGUGAUGCACUAAUAAUUGGCAAGGGAGGCUUCGGUAAAGUUUAUAAAGGGUGCAUUCAAGGUAUUUCACAGUUUGUUGCCAUAAAAAGGCUUAAGUCUAGCUCCAAGCAAGGAGCUCCUGAGUUUUGGGCUGAAAUAGAAAUACUGUCCAAGCACCGGCACAUUCAUCUUGUCUCUUUGAUCGGCUAUUGCAAUGAAGCCCAGGAGCUGAUCCUUGUGUACGAGUACAUGGCUCGUGGCACACUUGCUGAUAAUCUCUAUAAAGUUGGCAACAAGGUGAAGGAUCGUGCACCUCUUGGUUGGGAGAAGAGGCUUAGAAUCUGCAUUGGUGCUGCUCGUGGACUGGAAUACCUUCACACUAGCACUGAAGAGGGAGUCAUACACCGGGAUGUAAAGGAUUCAAACAUCCUGCUGGAUGAGAACUUUGUAUCCAAGAUUGCAGAUUUCGGACUAUCCAGACUUGAAAGGAUUCCCCAAUCCAAGAGCUAUAUUAGCACAAAUGUUAAAGGCACGCUUGGUUAUCUGGAUCCUGACUACUGUACGACUCACAGGGUAACAAGAAAAAGCGAUGUAUUCUCCUUUGGCAUUGUGCUGUUGGUAGUUUUGUCUGGGAGACGUGCCAUUAACACUGGAACUCCAGAAGAACAACGAAGCCUUCUGUCAUUUUUCCGAGACUGUAUUGAAGGAGGUGAGCUUGAUAAGAUUAUUGAUCCUAGUCUACAAGGGAAAAUGCCAUCAAACAGUCUUAAAGAAUUUGUUAAAUGUGUUGAGAACUGCUUGAAGUACAAUCCCAAAAAACGACCAUCAAUGGCUCAAGUGGUGGCAAACCUGGAGUAUGCACUGGAGCAGCAGGAGAGCCCUAUUUUUUCUCCGAUGUUUUCUGUAUUAGGGGUUGAGACAGCAGGGGGCCAGCUUUUUGAGAAUGGAGCUACCGAGUCAUUUCAACUCAGUCAGCAUGAGGAACCUCCAAUACUGGAGGAGAGUGUCAUUUCUCGUCCAAAUGAAGUCACAACCAGCAAACCGCUUCAAAAAACUGCCUCAACAUCAAAUGGAAAAGACUUGCAGUCGAGUAAAAGAGACUCUGCUCUGAUACGAAAGCCAUCAAAAGGUUGGUUGUGGAAAGCAGGUUGGAACAUAGGUAAGCAAACGAAGAGAACGCAUUUCAUUUUACCCAAUGUCUCUGGUCCUCGGUUCUCGCUCAAGGAUAUCCAAGCAGCUAUGGACAUCUCUGUUGAUCAUCAUCAUUUUAUCAUAGAUGGGGAACUCAGGAAGGUAUACAUCGGACAUAUGAAACAGCACCCAGAACUCGCGUUCUCCAUAUACCAGCUUCCAAUCGGUAGACGUCACAAGGAAGUUUUAGACGUUUGCACUCAUGAGAUUGAGAGGCUAUCUCGACUGAGGCACCCAAACUUGCUGUCCUUGAUUGGGUACUGUCACGAUAAACUUCAGGAUCAGAUCCUCCUUAUCUACGAUCACAUUGGCUUUGCAACCCUCCAAAGCUAUCUGUAUGGCAGCAAAACAACUAAUCAUCUCCAGUGGAAGAACAGGCUCCAGAUUGGCAUUGGGGUGGCGCAGGGACUGGAUUACCUCCAUAAAGGAACCAGAAGCACAAUUGUCCAUCACGACGUUAGGCUGGAAAAUAUCCUAUUGAAUGAGGAUUUGCGUCCUAAGAUAUUGAAUUCCGGGUUGUCCAAACUAAGCCCUGUUGCUCAUCUUGAAAAGGCCCCUUCUAGGAGUGAACUACCGUGGCUGGAGUAUUUGUCUCCUGAAGUAAUAACCUCCGGAUUGCAAGCGUCGGAAAAAUCAGAUGUGUACUCAUUCGGUUUGGUGUUACUGGAGCUUCUGUGCUGUCAAAAAACAAAGGAUUUCCAACUCUGUGUUGGAAACGAUGAACGGUAUCUCAAACAUUGGGUCAAAAAUCACAUAAAAACAAAGAAACUGGAUGAGAUUAUCGACCCGAGUGUGGAAUGGGAAAUUGCAUCAGCAUGCUUAGCUGAAUUCUUGAAGAUUGCUUUUAACUGCUUGCGCGUUCGGAAAGCAGAAAGGCCCUCGAUGAGUUAUGCCAUUGAAAAGCUAAAGUUUGCACUGCAACUACAGGAGAAAGCAGAAACAAGAUUCCAAGAUUACAAGGGACAAGGUCUUGAUAGUCGUUUCAACUUGGAGGAUAUUUACCAGGACACACCAUAUCUGGCGUAUGACUAG